AUGGCUAGCAAGGACCCAGUUCCGUCUCCCGCUCAGGGAGUCGGUCCCAUUUACCGCCCUGAUGGCGAGAAACCAACGGCAACGGUCUCCAAGGAGGUCUCCUACGAGAACGUUCAUGUGCUCUCUCAGACGCCUCAACUAAUUGCUCUCUUGACGAUGAUCAGAGAUAAGCGGACGACGCGUGCAGAUUUCAUCUUCUAUUCCAAUCGGAUUAUCCGGCUGUUGGUGGAAGAAGGACUAAAUCACCUCCCCGUUGUUGAGCAGUCUGUCACCACUCCGGUUGGUCGGGCUUAUUUGGGCGUCAAGUUUGAGGGGAAGAUCUGCGGUGUCUCCAUCAUGAGAGCUGGGGAAGCCAUGGAGCAGGGACUUAGGGACUGUUGCCGGUCUGUCCGCAUCGGAAAAAUCCUGAUCCAGAGAGAUGAGGAGACUUGCAUGCCCAAGCUCUUUUACGAAAAGCUUCCUGCUGAUAUUGCUGAUCGGUGGGUCCUCCUCUUGGAUCCCAUGUUCGCAACUGGGGGCUCCGCGACUUUGGCGGUGGAGGUCUUGAAGCAGAAGGGGGUUCCGGAGCACCGAAUUUUGUUCCUGAACCUGAUCGCAAGCCCUUCAGGCGUCGCAGAGUUUGCGGAGAGGUUCCCUAAACUCCGCGUCGUCACCGCAUUCAUUGACCAAGGUUUGGAUGAUAAGAAGUAUCGGUAUAUCACCCCUGGUCUGGGAGACUUUGGCGACCGAUAUUACACCCUGUGA